GGGGGCAGAACAUAAAGUUGAGCAGGCAUGGGAGGAACGAUUUUUGUGUUUGUCUGAGUCUCCCUCAAUCCCGAGCACACUCUGUGAGAGAGAGGGGACAAAGAAGGUGAUUCUCUGUGACCAGAUUAGAGAGGAAAUGUGUGUGACUGUGACCAUGCGGGUGGGGCUUGUCUUCCUCUGGUCGGCACUGCUACCGCUCUCUUGCUCAGGGCAGGACCCGUUUGCCUGGCUGCACGGCCCGCAGGGCCUCCGGUAUGGCUCCCUGAAGGCAGACACCACGGGAGGGGCAUGUCCAGAUGAGUGUGACUGCCCCCCUUCCUUCCCAGUCGCCAUGUACUGUGAUGGGCGGGGCCUGACAGCCAUGCCAAGCAUCCCCUCCCGCAUGAAAUACGUGUACCUCCAAAACAAUGCCAUCAAAGCUGUGUCUGACUCAGCUCUAGUAAAUGCAACCAAUCUGGUAUGGCUCAUGAUACACUACAACCAGCUGACAUCCGACGCCAUCGGCGAGAAGGCAUUUCUACAUUUGAAAGGACUAGAGCGUUUAUAUCUGCAACACAACAAUUUGACUGCCUUUCCUCCAAACCUCCCUCGCACCCUGCGGGACCUACGAAUCAACCACAACAAGAUUGAAAAGGUAACGCUUGCAGAUCUGGAGGGAAUGGAUAAUCUCACUAUCCUGUAUCUCCAUGACAACGCUGUCACAGACACGGGGACAUCACUGAAAGCACUCAAAUCCCUCACACUGUUGGAGAUCAGUGGUAACAAGUUGACAAAGGUCCCAGAGGCCUUCCCUGAACAUCUGCAUCAACUCUACAUGGAGUCCAACUCCAUUGAUUCUCUACCAGAAGGUUUCCUGGGGCAGUUCACUCAGCUGCAGUAUGUCAGAAUGGCUCACAAUCAGCUGACAGACAAGGGUAUCCCUGCCAACAUCUUUAAUGUAACUGGGCUGGUAGAGCUCGACCUGAGCUUCAAUAAAUUGGAGAGAAUCCCUCCAGUGAGCACUAAACUACAGCAUCUCUACCUGCAAGCCAACCAGAUCAAAGAGUUCACUCUGGGUAGUUUCUGCAGCGCUGUGGAUGUGACCAACUUCUCUGAGCUCCUGACGCUUCGACUUGAUGGGAACCAGAUCGGUCCCCAGGACAUCCCUACAGAUUCAAGCCUCUGCUUGCGCCUGACUUCAAGUAUUGAAGUCUAACUGUUCUCAUGAAACGUGUCAAUCUGCUCACAACACAGCAUUUACUAACAUAUUUAGCCAAUAUCAAUAGCAGAUGGCAGCAAUUCUUUGGGCAGGAUUUCCUAUCCACAUCACAGUAAAAGCAAAAGUUUUCACAUGACAGCGGUUUUAAUUGAAGCUGUAUAGCAGAUAUUUUACAUUCACAUGGAAAUUAUAUCCAGAAAACAAACACAUUAAACUUGAAAUGAGUUUUGUUCACAUAUCCGGACAAAUGGUCAAGUAUUGAUUUACUUGAUUAUAGCUAUAACAAGUCAUUUAGAGGCUUUUUUGGGCACCUGAUCUCAUUUUGAAAAAAUCUAAUUUUACUGCAGCACGAUUGAAAUGAAUCACGCGACUAAGCAAUGAAAGUUGGUUUUCAGUAAUCACUUUAGAAAGCGUGUAUUUUAGACAAUGUUUUAGACAAUGUUGCAACAGUGGUGGUCCUCUGCAGACUCUGUGUAUUGUAUGAUUAAAAACUGUAUUGUGUAGUGUAUUAGAUGUUGAGAUGGAAGUAGCCUAGCAGCUAGCUUACCUUAGCCUAGCGGUGCGUAACUUGGUCCAUUUGCGACUUACCACCUUCUUUGACACGUGGAGGAAAUCCUCUGUUCGCUGCUGUAUGUCGCGCUUCGAUUUGUUUUAUUUCCAAUGCAAAAAGCUCUCUCCAUCUUCAGCUACCGUCUUGCUCUCUUCUGUCUAACUGACUAGAGCUGGUUUCGUUUCCGGGGUCAACUUUUUUUACUUCCAGCACAACAGAAGACCGCGACAAAGUUGCGUUUACCGCGUAUAUAUUUUAUCGCAUUAAUCUUGGCCACAUUAAUCGCUUUAAUUGAGACUGUUUAAGUUUUAAGAUCCUCACGUAACAUUAAAUAAAGGUGAAUGAGGCCUUUGGCAAAAAAAAUGCACAGACAAAAAUCAUCUGACCCUGAUACUCCAUAUAUUCUAAUUUGAGGAUCAAUGAUCUUUUUAAUCCGUGCUUUUUGCCGUUUCAUCUUCUACAUCUUUCUACAAAGCAUGCCUUGUAAAUCAUUAGAUGUCUUAGACAAUAUCUUCAUCACUCUCUCACGACCAUUUCCCGAAAUGAUACCUUCUUGUAAUGGGUACUUUCCUUUUCAAGAAAAAUGCUAAAAAAGUGUUUUCGGUUUCUGUAAAGGAUUGUUUGAAAUAAAAAUCAAUUUUCUUUAGGAACAUAGAAUGAUAGAAUGACGGUAGAAUCUGUACCGUUUGAAAAAUAUACCCAUACUAUACCAUGACCGUUGGGUAAAUUAAUCAGGAUUCUUUAAUUACUGUAUGAUUUACAUAGAUGGUUAUGACAAAUGUUUUGAUCCUUCAAGCCUUUUCAGAAUAAAUCAAAUCUGUGAUUAAAUAAAAACACACACUGUACCUUUGGU